UUUCUCUAAGGACUAUCGAACUAAUCUGUGUGGAAUUCACACCUAAAACCAAUAACCAAUACUUGCCUGGCAAUACUGCUGUUUCUCCUUUAAAGAAUUUUUGGCCAAACAGCUGUUUGGGGUGGAGUUACUGCAACAGAGCCUUUCAGUUUCGUUUCCUAGAUUCCUCUCUGCUCUUAGAAGAAAGGAUAUCCAGUAAAAUAAAAGGAAAAAUGACAGGAGAGAACAGGUUCUGCAAAAAUUGUAAACGAGAUGUGUCUGCUGCCAAUUUCUCCCUCCAUGAGGCCCACUGCAUGCGGUUUCUUACCCUCUGUCCAGAAUGUGAUGAACCAGUUGCUCAAAAGGAUAUGAAAGACCAUCAGACAGAAGCACACAAACAGAUCAGAUGCAGACUUUGUCAACAAAGUAUGCAGCAAUACCAGCUGGAGCAUCAUGAGAACAAGGAGUGCCAAAAACGAGCCAUGAAAUGCACCAUCUGUGACCUUGAAAUGCCCUUCAACAAGCUACAGGAACACCUGGACACCUGUGCCAGCCGAACAGAGAGGUGUCAGGAGUGUAACAAAUACAUCAUGUAUAAGGACCAGCACAAACACAAGGAGAUCUGUCCAAACAGUGGUCUGUCCUACCAUAAGGAUGUGGACUUUCAAACCAGUGAAGCAUCCACUAAUGCAACAGUUAUUCGCCCCAUUGGUACUGGUGGCAAUCUUUGUCAGAAGUGCAGUAAGUUAUUCCCAGAUGACCAGUACUCCCAGCAUCUGAAUAAAUGCAAUGCAGCCCAUAAGCUGACAAAAGUUCUUGCUGGCCAGUCAGCUUCAAGCCUCAUCGGUGCUCCACCACAGUCUUCUUCCUCCCUGGCUCCCUCUUCCUCCUCUGAAAAUGCAAUGGCAUGGAAAGAUGUCCGUCCCAAAGGGAAAGAAAGGGAGCAGCCAGUGACCUCCAAACCUUUAAAGAACAAAAAGAUUGGCUUUCUGUCUCCCACAAGAGGCGGAUGUUCCACAUCACCUCAAGCUCUUAAAGACACUCAGGCUUUUGACAUGCUGGUGACCUGUGACCAUUGCGACAUUCUACUGCCACUUCCAACCCUUCGGAAACAUGAGAUCAAAUGUCUGCAUUGGACAACUUUGCAAAAUGCUAGGAUGAAACAAAAAUCAAGCCAUGGGGAAAAAGGAGACUCUUUCUACAGCAUUCGUGAUUAAAUCUGGAAAACAGGGGCACGUCUUCAGAUUGAAUCUUCAGCUCAGCUUUAGCAAAAGGCCAUGUGGAAAUAUGAUAGCUUUAUCGGCAAAUAAAAGUGCAGACUUGCUACUCUGGAUUAAGAACAAA